AUGGCGCUGGAUUCCGCUGUGCCAGCCCAACCUCUUUUCAGGAAACAAGCUGUGUGCACAUGUGCAAGAUUGUGUUCGCGCAAGUCUUUACCCACCCUGGGGCAUGCCAGUGAGAUCAUGGCUGCAGCAAGGAUUUGUGUGUCCCCGCUUAUUCUUGCUGGCAAGAGAUGGCAAGGGACAUUUGGUGCUGAGAACCCGGGAGGCUACACGAUUGCCAGGCGCCGAGAAGUCCUCCCUGUGGGGAGAGAAUCCAAAGCUGCAGGAUGCUGGGAUUUAAAGAUUCCAGAGUUUGAUAGCUCAGAGACAGAUGAGCUUAGCUCCUCUGAGGAAGAGGACUUAGAAGAAGAGGCAGCUCACUAUGAAGAAGAGGGAUACUACCCAGAUGAACAACAAGCUAACAGUUUGGGUAAACAAAAGGAAGUGGGAGGUGGAAACCAUGCGAUUUCCGAGACUAUAAGCCCCCGCGCCCCUCCACCUUAUAUGGAGAGAUUUCACUCAGAUUCCUUCCUCACUAAAGAGGAACAGAAAAAGAUACAGCAGGCAUUCUCGGUGUUUGAGAUCGCUGAUGGAGGCCAUGUUCACGCACCAGUAGAAUAUGUUCAAAUUAAGGAACUUACCAAGUCUGUCCGUAACUAUGGAGUUAGUGCCAAUUUUACUAUUGCUCAAAUCGAAAGGAUUGCCAGUCUGGCCAUGACUCCAGGAGACUGGCAGACAACAGUGAAGGGUGCACUCCCUUAUAUGGGACAAUAUAUGGAAGGGAAAGCCUUGUGGUAUGACGCCUCUCAGGUGCAGGGCAAAGUCAAUGCCACUGCUGAAGGUGAUCAAAGAAAUUGGACAGUUGAUCUGCUAACAGGACAAGGGCAGUAUGCCAAUAAUCAAACAAAUUACAACUGGGGAGCAUACACUCAAAUCUCCGUUGCCACCAUUAAGGCCAAUCAGGAAGGUUCAUUCCUUAUGUCCUCCCUCUUCCUGUUAACUUUUGGGGGAGGGAUAUCUUACAGGGUCUAG